AUGACCCGCAGCGACCCACAGCAACCCACAGCGAUCUACAGCGACCUGCAGCGAUCCACAGUGAUCCACAGCGACCCACAGCAAUCCACAGCGACCCACAGCCACCCACAGCAAUCCACAGCGACCCACAGCGCCCUCAGCAACCCACAGCUCCCUCGCAGGAGUGGCCGUGUGUUUCAGGUGAAAGUCUCAAAGGAGGAACAAAGAAAAUAUUUAUAUGAAGCCCGCCACCAAUGUAACAUUUCAAGUGACGAGGUUUCAAGUUCGAAUCCAGAAGGUGCACACUGCAGCAGUGUCUGGGAUGGUAUCCUAUGUUGGCCACAAACCUCAGCUGGCACAGUGGCAGAACUUCAGUGUCCUUCCUAUAUUAACAAUUUCUACACAAACGGUCUGGCAAGCAGAAAAUGCAUGGAAAAUGGUCAAUGGUAUGUACUUGAACGCUACAACCGAAGCUGGACAAACUACAGUCAGUGUUUUGAAGAAACUAAUCGUUGGGUUAAGGUGCAUUUAUCACAUAUUCCAAUUAUUUAUACCAUUGGCUAUGGAAUAUCCCUGGUAUCACUAUGUGGUGCAGUUCUUGUGAUGCUCUAUUUUCGGCGUCUUCACUGUUCUCGCAACACGCUGCACAUCAAUAUGUUUAUGUCCUUUAUUCUGAGGGCAGCUGUUUGUCUAAUCAAGGAGCAACUCCUCGUGGACGGAUUCGGUCUACCAGAAGAUCUACAGACCCAUUCGAAUGGCCAGUUCUAUUUUAGAGAUGACAGUUCGCAUUGGCAAUGCAAAUUAUUGUUCUCCUUGUUCCACUACACACUGGCUGCCAACUACAUAUGGAUUUUGAUGGAAGGGCUCUAUCUACACAACCUCGUCACGGUGGCCAUGUUCUCUCAGAAGAGUGGAGUCAGACCAUAUAUUAUCGUUGGCUGGUGUUUUCCGUUUAGUUUUGUGAUUCCGUGGGUUGUUGUGAGGCUGUUUCUAGAAGACACAUACUGCUGGUACACUCAUUCAAACAAGGCAUACUUUUGGAUUAUGAAGGGCCCCAUUAUGGGAUCAGUUAUGAUUAACUUCUUAUUGUUCCUCAACAUUAUUCGAGUGCUAUUCAGCAAGUUUGAUAUGAACCGGCCAAAGAAAAGAGCCAGAAAUAACCGCUACAGACGAUUGGCAAAAUCGACAUUGGUUCUAAUCCCAUUAUUUGGCAUCCAUUAUAUGGUCUUCCUCUGGCUCCCUGAUGACAUCGGCAAGAAAGCGGAACUGGUGAAACUAUAUUUCGAGAUGCUGUUUAAUUCAUUCCAGGGACUAUUUGUUGGGAUCCUGUUUUGUUAUAUGAAUGCAGAGGUCCAGUCAGAAUUACGCAAAAUGUGGAUGCGCAAGAAACAAGGCCGACUCGACUCAGCCUCGUUACCACGCAGCCAGUGGCAGACAUUUUUCUCGUCUUCAAUCAUGCGUAACCGCAGUUCCGUGCGCUGCACCAACUCCCCUUCUCACUGCCAUUACCAAAUGCAAACGGCCACACCGUCCCCACCCACAAGGCAGACGACAAGGACAAAUUUGCCGACAGUACUACAACCCUCGCCGUCACUACCAGCAUCACCACUGCUAACCCUACGAGCAAUGCAGUCUUGCUCCUACCCCCAAAUGCAGACCUUAGUGCAGCUGCACCCUUCGGCGACGUCAUCACAGAAACACCAAGACCCACCUAAGAAAUGGUCAAGCAAAAGCAACGUGGUUGUCUUGACGAAAGGGCUGACCGGUUCCAACUUUGGCAUCAUUACUACAAUAACCCCGACCAACCCCAUCAUUACAAGCACCAAUAGUAUAAUGCACAACACUAACGUUCCAGAUACUAAUAUCAUCCCCGACACCAUCACUGCCAACAAUAGUAAAACAGACAAAAAUGGCAGAGUUACCGAAAGCCCUGUAUAAAGAAACUAAGUUAGUCACGUAGGAGUGGCUGUGUGGUAAGUAGCUUGCUUACCA